GCGGUGCCCUCGCGUGUUUAUCGUGCUCGUGAAAACGUGAUUCAAAUUUAGAUGACAAAUUACAAAGAAGGACGCGUUCUUUUGUUUCGAGCUUCCUGCGUUAAAGGCAACAAUCUUCGUUAGUUUGAUGAGAAAAAAGAGGCAGAAAGGAUAAGCAGUCGAAACAAGUUGAGGUUAUAAUUGUUAAAGGGAAGGAUUCUGAGAACGACGCGAGAUGGCAAUACCGUACGAAUGUUUGUUCCGCUGAUGGUGAAGUACCAGCAUAACAACAAACUGACAUGAAUUCUGCGAGCAAGGUUGGUGAAAUUUUCACCGCAGCCGGAGCAGCAUUUAACAAGUUGGGAGAAUUAACGAUGCAAUUACACCCUACGACUGACUCACCAGCAGGUAAAUGGACUGACGAGGAAAUUGAGAUGCUCCGUCACUCGGUAAAGACCUUCAGUGAAGACUUGAACAAAAUAAGUGAACACAUCAAGGGACGAACGGUCUCUCAAAUUCGAACAACGCUAAAGAAGAAAGCUUUUGAGGAAGCUGGCGUGCCGAUCAGACAACAAAUGCUUUCUCAACAGUCGACGCAACAAUCGGCAGUUCAACAAGUAUCGAAGCAACAAACAGGAAAUCAAGGAUUAAUGGGGAAAUCGUCUGAAGUCACGUUGAACAUGUUAAAUGCGCCGGAAUCGGAAGUGGAUGUUGAGGGACUACCAGAGGAGUGUCAAGUAAAGCUCGAGUUCGAAGGUGCGACGGAAGAAGUAGCUUCUUAAUAAGCCGAGGUUGAUCUUUCCAUAUGUCAUUUUUUUUUAUCUAUAUUUUUAAAUAUAAGAUAAUUUUCAUAUAAUAUACACGCUUAACGUUAAGUAACAAAUAUGUACCUUCAAUAAAUUAUGUUUCUCAAAUAGA